CUAACAACCGAUAAUUGCUCAACUCAGUGCUACCAACAUAAAAUAUUUUCUUUUCUUUUUUGACUCCAUAAAAGAGUGUCCACAAAUUUUUUAAUUUGCAAAAAAAUUGAACACAAUGGAGAACGACGCCGGUGAGAAUGUUGAUUUGUACGUGCCCCGCAAAUGCUCUGCCUCCAACAGAAUCAUCCACGCCAAGGAUCAUGCUUCCGUGCAAAUCAACAUUGUCGAUGUUGACCCCGAAACUGGUCGCAUGACUGAUGGUUCCAAGACCUAUGCCAUCUGCGGUGAAAUCCGUCGUAUGGGUGAAUCCGACGACUGCAUUGUCCGUUUGGCCAAGAAAGACGGUUUGAUCACCAAAAAUUUCUAAGAAGUGUCUCUUGUGUGUAAAUAAAGCCGACGUUUUUUAGUAAUUGGAAAAUAA